CGAAUUUCUAUUUUGUUUUAGCGGUAAAAAAAGAAGAAUGGUGAAUUUUUUGGUGGAAAGAGCGACGAGCGAUAUGCUGAUAGGUCCAGAUUGGGCAAUGAACAUUGAGAUCUGCGAUAUUUGCAAUCGCGAUCCAGCAUAUUUGGCAUAAUUAUUGAGGUGUUUGCUUUUGUUUGGACUGAAGAUUGGUUAAAAUAGUUCUGAUUAUUUGCUUAAUUUUGGUUCCCCAGGCAAGCGAAGGAUGUUGUGAAAGGAAUAAAAAAGCGUCUUGGCAGUAGGAAAUCAAAAGUCCAGCUACUCGCCCUGACGCUGUUGGAAGCAAUUGUGAAGAAUUGUGGAGACAUUGUGCAUAUGCAUGUUGCUGAGAAAGGUCUUCUUCAACAGAUGGUGAAAAUGGUAAAGAAGAAGCCCGACUUUCACGUCAAGGAGAAGAUAUUAAUUUCGAUAGACACUUGGCAAGAAGCUUUUGGAGGACCAAGGGCGAGAUACCCACAAUAUUAUGGAGCCUACCAAGAGUUGUUGCGCCUUGGAGCAGUAUUCCCUCAGAGAUCAGCACCUGUGCUCACACCUCCCCAAACACAUCCACUGGCAUCUGAUCCACAUAAUCGUCAGAAGCCUGAAUCUGGACAGAAUGCAGCAGAGUCUUCAGCAGAUGCUGAGUAUCCCACCUUGAGCUUGGCAGAGAUCCAGAAUGCACGUGGUAUUAUGGAUGUUCUUGCUGAAAUGCUGAAUGCAUUAGGUCCUGAAAACAAAGAGGGACUUAGACAAGAUGUCAUUGUUGAUUUGGUGGAACAAUGCCGUACCUACAAGCAGAGAUUGGUACACCUUGUGAACUCGACUACGGAUGAGUCACUGUUAUGCCAAGGACUAGCGCUGAAUGAUGACUUACAGCGUGUAUUGGCUAAACAUGAAGCUAUUGCUUCGGGAACUUCUGUUAAAGGGGAAACAUCAAAAUCUGAACCUGCUCGAUCCCUUGUAGAUGUUGAUGCUCCUCUUAUUGAUACUGGAACCAGCGACCAGUCAGACCAAGGAUCUACAUCAAAUGCUUUAGGGACACAGUUGCUUCUUCCUGCUCCUCCGUCAGCUAAUGGUCUAUCAACAACUCCAACAAAAGUUGACCCUAUGAUAGAUCUUCUGAGUGGAAAUGACUUUGACCCUCCAACAGCAGAGAAUGCUCUUGCGCUUGUUCCUGUUGGAGAACCUCAGCCAGCAAGUCCUUCACAGCAGAAUGCCCUUGCUAUUCUCGACAUGUUUUCACAGCCAAGCACCACCCCCUCUACAUAUUCAGUUGGUCAGGCACAUCCUUCAUCCCCUCAAUUUCAGCAGCCACAGGAUUUUCAUUCUGUGCAACCAUCUUUGUACCAAAAUGGAAGUGUCCCUGGUAUGAGCAAUGCUCAAGGCUCCAAUCCUGCCUGGAACGGGCAGAUGUCUCAGCAACAACAGCCAGCUUCUCCAGUCUACGGUAAUCAAAGCACUAAUCCUUUUCCACUUCCUCCAUGGGAAGCUGAGGCAGAAGACAGCCAAAUAAUGGGUAGCCCUCAUGCUCAGCCUAUGCCAAAUAAUCCAUUGAUGCCAGGUAGUUCACAAGCUCUAGCAAUGCACACUAAUCAGGUGAUGCCUGGCAGUCCCCACGCUAUGUCCAUGCAAAAUAAUCAGCUGGUUGCAGCCAACCCCCAGCAAAUGGCCGGUGGUGCAUACCUCCAUGGCAUGUAUGCACAGCCAAAUGCUGCUGGACAGCCUGCUAUGAUGAACAAUCAGGCCAUGCAAAGCAAUCAGAUGGAAGGCUUCCAUCCUCAACAAUUCCAAGGUGGACAACCAGCGGGUUCGUUUCCACAACAAAUGCCACCUGGGCACAUGGCUUACAUGUAUUCCCAGCAAAUGUAUGCCAACCAAAUGGCCAGCUAUGGUUAUGGUAAUGCUCAACAACAAAAUGCGCAAUUCCUAAACCAAGGGAUGUCUGGGCUCUCUGUGAGGGAUAAUGGUACCCUCAACAAUUCUACCUAUCCAGUUUCCACUCCUUCAUAUGUGCCAUCUGGAAAGCCCUCGAAGCCGCAAGACAAAUUGUUCGGGGACCUUGUUGACCUUUCAAAAUUCAAACCAACCAAUGGUGCCCCCGGCAGAGCUGGUAGCACGUGACAGUGACUGGUUUUACACAUUUUUAUUCUUUUUUAUUUUUAUUUUUAUUAGCAUUCUAUUUGAUUCUUAAGCUUCUGUUGUCUCUUCUUCAUUUUAAAUUUUACACAUUCUACCUUGAAUAUGUAUAGGAUGUAUUCAUUUAUUCAUUUUUAUGCAGUUUCAGUGAUAGUUAUAUGCUGUUAUAUUUA